ACUGUCAACGCGAAGUCGUGAUUACAUUAAUGAGCUGGGUGUAAUGCCCAUUGAUCGUUCCUUUUUCGACAACCUGAAACCCCCUUCUCAGUCUGUCUCGGCGGCGGAAGUUUGAUAUCGCGUGGCUAUUUUUUGCCCUGGAUUUGGUUCGCCACCUGUCCCGGUCAGUCUGAGAGGUCGACACAAUCCGAGUAGCAGAGAAGGGAAACCACAAGACUACCCUGAAAUGGUGAACCUUGUUCUUGGUCCGUUGGUGACGAUUUUGCUGUUCCUCUUUAUUUCAGGAUAUACUUGCAGAAAUGAGGAGGAGCGUCUCAUCAACCACCUGUUUAAAGAGCGCGGCUACAACAAAGAGCUGCGACCGGCUCAAAGCAAAGACGAAAUUGUGGACAUUUACCUCGCACUAACGCUUUCAAACCUCAUUUCCCUCGAUGAAGUUGAAGAAACAUUGCUGACAAAUGUAUGGAUGGAACAUAGCUGGACUGACUAUAGACUUGCAUGGAAUACCUCAGAGUUUGAUGACAUUGACAUCCUGCGUCUCCCCUCUAGUAUGGUGUGGCUUCCAGAGAUAGUUCUGGAGAACAACAAUGAUGCACAGUUUGAGGUGGCCUACUAUUGCAACGUGCUGCUCUACCCCAGUGGGUUUGUGUACUGGCUUCCCCCGGCUAUCUUCCGUAGCUCUUGUUCCAUCAAUGUUUACUACUUUCCCUUUGACUGGCAGAACUGUUCUCUUAAAUUCAGCUCCUUAACUUAUAAUGCAAAGGAGAUCACUUUACAUUUAAGAGAAGACGAGGAUUCCGAAAAUAGCAGGUAUUAUAGGGUGGAAUGGAUCAUAAUCGACCCUGAAGGAUUCACUGAAAAUGGUGAGUGGGAGAUCGUGCACAGGCCUGCCCGCAAGAACACCUAUAAGAGCAUCCCCAUGGACAGCAACAAGCACCAGGACAUCACCUUCUACCUCAUCAUCAAACGCAAGCCCCUCUUCUAUAUUGUGAACAUCAUCAUCCCCUGUGUGCUCAUAUCCUUCAUGGUCUCGCUGGUCUACUUCUUGCCUGCUGAUAGUGGUGAAAAAAUGUCCUUGUCCAUUUCUGUGCUCUUGGCCCAGUCUGUCUUCCUGCUGCUGAUAUCACAGCGGUUACCUGAGACUUCCAUGGCAGUACCUCUAAUUGUCAAGUACCUUAUGUUCAUCAUGAUUCUAGUCACGGCAGUGGUGCUAAACUGUGUGGUAAUGCUGAACUAUCAUUUCCGGACUCCAAGCACCCACGUCAUGACACAGUGGACCAAGGAGUUCUUCCUGGGGACACUGCCUCGCCUGAUGCAUCUGUCCAGGCCGGGGGAGAGCGAGGCCACCUGGGAGGGAGCACUGCCCCGCCGUUCCAGCUCUGUGGGCUACAUUGCCAAGGCUGAGGAGUACUACAGCAUGAAAUCUCGGAGUGAGCUCAUGUUUGAGAAGCAGUCGGAAAGGCACGGCCUGGCCACACGCCCCACGCCCACCGCAGAAUACAAGCCCAGCGGUGAGACAGAUGAGACCAAACAGUUGUAUGAUGAGAUGAAGCCUGCCAUUGAGGGAGCCAAUUACAUCGUCAAGCACAUAGAAAACAAGAACAACUAUAAUGAGGAAAAAGAGGACUGGGCUUGGAUUGCCACGACAGUGGACCUCCUCUGUUUCUACAUUGUCACUCCGAUUAUGACAAUAGGAACCAUUGUCAUCUUCAUGGCGGGAAUCUACAACCAUCCGCCUCCACUGCCCUUCGAGGGAGACCUAUUCACCUACAUGCAGGAGGACAAACGCUACAUAUGAUGACAUUGCUCAGCACCACAAGGGCAGCUCACAGUGGCAAGCAUGUCAGAAAACAGGGAUUUUCUUAAUUUAUACUUUUCUCUGAGUUUUACCAGUUUUUGCAUGACGUGGUCUAAACACACACACACACACACAC